AUGGUCCUAGUCAACGGUAUCAAGUACGCCUGUGAACGGUGUAUACGGGGUCACAGGGUCACCACCUGCAACCACACAGAUCAGCCCUUGAUGAUGAUCAAACCCAAGGGACGCCCUUCCACAACCUGUUCUCAUUGCAAAGAGUUGCGUAAGAAUAAAAAUGCCAACCCAACUGGAUCAUGCACCUGUGGGCGUCAGGAGAAAAAACGGCUAGCGCAGAAGGCUAAGGAAGAAGCACGCGCUAGUGGCAGAGGAAAAGAAGAUAGCUGUAGUUGUUUGGACGGCGAUAAGUGUUCAUGCCAUCGCACGCGCAAAACCGUUCGUCGGACGGUUUCGUCCAAGAACAAAGGCACCACGGCGUCGUCUGUAACCUCGGGAGACUCUCCAACAAUGCCUGCCCUCGACAGUUCGGAUCUCAUGGGCAAGAUCGGCAAAAAUCAUGGCCUUUCUUCGAUCCCAUCGUUCCACUCUUCUCAAUCGCUUGACCGCGAUUUCAGCCUCGCUCAAAGCCCACCUUUCUCCCCUUCGCUGCACAGUAGUAACACCAACAAUUGGGAUACAAGUUCGAUCAGAAGCUCCCUGCUAUCAGAGUCUGAACUGAACUUAAUGGACCGUGGCCCUUGUUUUUCUGUACAGACACCCCAAGAGCCAAACACAACCGGAGGCAAACAUACCCCAAGUUUGUCAAAAGCGCGAGCGAGCGAUUAUGCAAAUUCAGCAGACGGAUUUUCAGAGGUUAACAGCAAUGGAGGCCUGGAAGGUUUCGGUUUUCACAACGCUAUGGGAUGGCCUCAAAGUGAGGCCAAACACGGAUGUAUGGACUUGUUUGCUGAUACCUCGGACUUUGGCAACACAGACUAUAGAACAUUGAAGCAACACCACAGUAUUAAAAGUCCAGGGAACUAUUCUUCAGAGAAAGCAAAAAGCCCAGAAUCGCCUCGUGCAAGCAUUGUAAACUCAAGAUCAACCUCGUUCCAUAGAGAUGUGCCCAAAUCGUUUGUUUCGAGGCCCUCCAUCGAUAGUGCUAGCUCCGACUUUUCACGGUUUUCAAUCAGCGGUCAUAACGCUAAAGACAGGUCGAUCACAUCCGUUUCCGAAAAUCAGUCUGCACAUCAACCAUAUGUCGCGGCGCGGCACCUUCCACCACAAGCAUUUUUGAGUAAAGAAAACGUUCAGCCUGGGUGCUUCAAUCUGGAAGACAGAAAUUCACAGAGCGUUGAAGUUCUAUCUUUAACACCAAGUUUCAUGGAUAUUCCGGACAACGCUAACCUCUACUCUGCAACCUCUAACCCAUUUUUGAAUCCACAAAAUGGAGUUGAGCCACGUCAGCGUUCUGUCAGUAUACAUCGAAAUCAUCGCUACGAUCAGCAAACAGGAAAUACCACGAUGAGUCAGCCCUCACUUAACAGCACUAAUCACGGCGUAAAAAAUGCAAAGCUCUCACCGAGUCGCUCCUUAUAUGAAAGCUCGCACAACGUGCCGAUAGUAUCUACAGAUGCACCGAUCAAAGAGUCCCCUGGGAGCGAGAACGAUGUUCUAAGUGCCCCUAUGGGCCUACCCGAUAAAGGUGUGACAGCACGACAGAUGGAGCCCACUCCCAGCUUUGCUUCUGAUUUCGAUGAUAUAUUGGGGUACAACACUAACGACGAUACGCAUUCACUUCUCUCGGGGCCGUCUCUCAAUCUAGACGUGAACGGGAACAUAAAUCCAGAUAAUCUAUCACUAAAUCGAAACACUCAGCUCUCUCCCACAUUGUAUUCUGAGCCGGUCGGCGACUUUAGCUUCAACGACCUGGACAAGUUAAUGGCCGAUCUUUAA